UGCUAGUACAUGAAACUCUUUAGUUUUAAGUAUUAUUUUCACAUCAACCCUGAAGCCACAUUUUGCUAAAAUAAACAUUUUGGAAACAAUAUUUCUUCCUGAUUUUAUGUAACGUAGACAAUAUCACAAUGUGCAGUUAUACUUGCUAUCCUGGCGCCUGUAUCGGAAUGUGUGGCGGUGCUGCUCCAAGUGGCUUUUAUGAUCCCUGCUUUGGACCCUUUAAUGGGCCAUUCAACAGCUGGUGUGGUCCGUCCGGUCCUGGAUUUUGGGGAGGUCGUUGCUGCUAGAGCGAAUGAUCGUUACCAUGUUUCUGUGUGCUAAAUUGCGUAACAAAUUAUCAGGAAGAAAUGUAAAAAUAUCCAUCUUUCCAAAUUAUUUGAGGUAGUAAAUAAGUGUGUUUUAAUAGUA